AUGUCUCUCUACUUGGGGUUCGACCUGUCCACUCAGCAAUUGAAAAUCGUCGCGUGCAACGAGGACCUCUCCACCCACUCGAAGUACGCCAUCAACUUCGAUGAGUUCAGCGACAAGUACGGCACCCGGAAGGGUGUGAUUGCCAAUGAAGACACAGGAGAGGUGGUUUCCCCGGUGUCGCUUUUCCUCGAAGCCAUCCAGACGCUUCUGGACCGCAUGAAGAAGGAGAACUUCCCCUUCGGACGCGUGAAGGGUAUUUCAGGAUCGUGCCAGCAGCAUGGAACGGUGUACUACACGUCCGGGAUCUCCGACUCGCUAGCGUCGCUCGAUGGCGACUCCGAUAAGUGGUACGCCGAUCUGGCAGAUUCGUUUUCGUUCCCGAACGCAUCGAACUGGCAGGACCGCUCCACGGAAAAGGAGCUUGAAGAUUUCGAGAAGGCUCUCGGCAGUGCCGAAGAGCUAUGCCGAGCCACGGGUAGCAAGGCUCAUUUCAGGUUCUCCGGCCCCCAAAUCCGCCGUCGAGCUAGGGGCGACAGCAAGGAAUGGAGAAACACGUCUCAUUUGGGGCUUGUGGCAAGCUUCCUCGACACGUUUUUAACGGGACAAUUGCGUGGCGUUGAGAUCGGAGAAGCAUGCGGCACUAACCUGCUUGAUAUUAAGAGUGGCGACUGGAAUGACGAGUUGCUAUCGUUGAUUCUGAUGAAAAAUUCAAGGGUGGACCACGUUUCAAAGGAGGAAGAGGCAGAAGCUGCGAAGCAGGCACGUGAGAUGCUCGGACCCGUCGUGCAGCCUGACGACUGCAAACAUAUUGCCAAGUAUCUUGUUGGGAGAUACGGGUUUGACGAGCAAUGUGUGAUCUGGCCAAUCACCGGAGACAACCUGGCGACGAUCAUGUCUUUGCCGCUCAACAAGGACGACUUGUUGGUGUCGAUGGGCACGAGCACCACUGUUUUGCUUUUGACCGAAAAAUACAUCCCUAGUGUCAACUACCACAUGUUCCGCCACCCUGUGUGUCGCGGAAUCUAUAUGGGUAUGCUCUGCUACUGCAAUGGUGCGUUGGCGAGAGAGCAGCUGAGAGACGAGGUCAACGAGAAGUACAGCACGAACGGGUGGGACAAGUUCGAUGAGAUCUUGGAAAGUGAGUUUGCGAAGGACGAAGAGGUCAAGCAGCCUGAGAAGGCCGCUGAUGAGAGAGUUGGCAUCUACUUCCCGCUUGGCGAGAUCAUUCCUAAUGCCAAGCCAUGCAAGAGGCGGUUCACAUACAGCGAGAAGACAGGCUUGGUUGAGUUGUCCAAGGAGGACGUGGCCGUAGAGCAGGAGGCAGCACUGAUCAUCGAGUCGCAAGCAUUGUCGUGUCGUCUGAGGGUGUGUCCGAUGCUCGGAGGCGGCAGAGACACGAAAAGUUUUGAGGUGGAGAAGGCGCUAGAGGCUUUGGAGAAGAUUGUUGGCCAGGAGGUGACGGUGGACCACGUUUCGUACAGUACAGACGAGUUCAUGAAGCGUCCGAAAAGCGUCUACUACGUGGGCGGGAGUUCAAAGAAUGAGUCCAUUGUGCGUGUGUUCAACGACAUCUUUGGCGCCCGCAAGGGCGGCUACCGGGUGGAGAUUGGCGAUGCGUGUGCGCUUGGCGGGUGUUUCCGGGCGAUCUGGGGCUGCCGGCCGCACGAGGAGCAUGGCCUUGGCUUUGAAGACUGGAUCAAGGAGCGCUUUGACUUCGCUGGCAACGUGGACAGGGUUGAGAGCGCCCGUUCUGGAGCUGUCGAGCAGACGUGGGCCCGGUUCUCAGAUAAGGUCGGUAUUCUGAGUCUUGUUGAGAAGCAGCUCGAGACCUGA